CCACAACACACAAAGCAAUAACAUUAAUUAGCUCUAAAUUGUCCCUCUCCUCAUUUCAACACUACGUGCUUGGCUUUCGCUUUCUCCAGGGGAAUCAAUGGCCUUGGCUGGAUUGCCAAGUAAAAUGUUGGCAGUUGAAUUGGCUGUGAUGGUGCUUGUGCUACUGGCCAUGGCACAGCAGUCCAUGCAGCUGAGCUUGAGACGCCCUUUACCUGAGGUUGCCAAGAAAAUCAAUGGCAAUACAGUGUCUUAUUUAGGCAUUGUUGUGAGUUCCUCUGCCAGCGAAGACGCUCUUCUUAAUUCUGGUUUCUUUGUUCCCAGCACACAUGUACCUUACAUUGACCUCGUCGGAAGAAGAUUCAACAUUGGAAAGAUUAAGGACGUUCAUGUCGUAGUUGUUGACGUAGGGGGUGAAAUUCCAAAUGUAGUUCUAGGCACCCAAGUUCUGUUCGAUUUACUUAGCAUCCGAGGAAUCAUUCAUUUUGGGAGUGCUGGAAGUGUCAGCGAUUCGUUGCGUCUUGGUGAUGUUGCUGUGCCAGAGUCUGUUGCCUUCACAGGAAAUUGGGAAUGGAAGAGCAACGCGUCAACGAGAGGGAAACUCAAAUUCGGAGACUUCAAUCUUCCACAGAAAGGAGUCAAUUCCUUGGGAAGCGCAGAUUUUCAGAAAGUAAAACUGUAUACUUCCGGGAACCCAUCACAGAACCUGUUGUGGCUUCCCGUCGAUUCAAACUGGCUUGCGGUUGCCUCUGAGCUGCAGGGUUUGAAGUUGCAAGAGUGUGUAAAUGAGAUAACCGAGACGAAUUGCUUAGAGAACACGCCGGAAAUCGUCUUCGGAGGAAGGGGCUCCUCUGCCGAUAUAUACCUUAAGAAUGCAGCAUAUGGCGAAUUCCUUGCCAAUAGAUUCAAUGCCACAUUUGUGGAUACAUCGAGUGCUGCUGUUGCUUUGGCUUCUUUGACAAAUGAAGUGCCUUAUAUCUUGUUCCGUGCUAUUUCGAAUUCGGUAAUUCAAGGAACAUCAGGCCCCAACUCUCACUAUUUGGCCACCGCCAACUCUGUCAAAGUUGCAGUCAAGUUCAUUGAGUUGAUUGGUAAACCGAACUGGGUGUUCAAGUACUGAAAUCAACUAGUAUGCCCUUUCCUCAAUAAGGUCAUGGUGAAAGCUUUAUUAUGCUCUAUGUCCAUGUCAUGUACUCAAUAAUGAAGUGUAAUGAGGAGGGUAUUCUCUGUCUUUAACGUUGAA